ACCGGGACCGGACGCACCUGCAGCUCCGCGGCGGCGGCGGCAGCGCCCCAAUUCCUUCGGCACCGCACCGGCACCGGGAGCCAGCUAUGGGGCGGCGGUGGGGCUGCCCCGACCCGCUCUGUCUCUUCCUCUUUCUCCUGCUCCAGGCCGGACACCGGGUGUGCGAGCGGGCAGUGCCGUGCCAGCCUGGCUUCACCAAGGAGACCUUCGCUCUCACCACGCCAAGGGACAGCGUGGCGGCGGGACGGGUGCUGGGACGAGUGAGCUUUGCGGAGUGCGGUGAGCCCCGGCGUGCCGCCUACCUCUCCGACGACACGCGCUUCAAGGUGAGCAGGAAUGGCAUCGUCUCCACGACCCGGCCCCUGCAGCUCCAGCGGCAGGAGAUCAGCUUCUCUGUCCACACCUGGGACGCCACAGGCAAGAAGCAUUCGGCCAGGGUGACCCUGCGCAGACGGUUACACCAUCACAACCACCACCGCCGCCAGCACCAGCAGCAGGACACGGCGCCCAUUGUGCUGACCUUCCCCAAGUCCAGCCAUAGGCUCCAGCGGCAGAAGAGGGACUGGGUCAUCCCCCCCAUCAACUGUCCUGAGAACGAUCGGGGGCCCUUCCCCAAGAAGAUGGUGCAGAUCAAAUCCAACAAGGACAAGGAGACCAAGGUUUUCUACAGCAUCACAGGGCAGGGGGCAGACAGCUACCCCGUGGGUGUCUUCACCAUUGAGCGGGAGACAGGGUGGCUGAAGGUGACGAAGCCACUGGACCGGGAGGAGAUCGACAAAUACGUCCUCUUCUCCCACGCCGUGUCAGCCAAUGGGCAGUCUGUGGAGGACCCCAUGGAGAUCAUCAUCACUGUGACAGACCAGAAUGACAACCGGCCCGUCUUCACCCAGCAAGUCUUCAUCGGUUACAUCGAGGAGAACGCGAAGCCGGGCACAUCCGUGAUGACCGUGAAUGCCACGGAUGCAGAUGAUGCCAUUAGUAUGAACAACGGCAUCAUUGGCUACUCCAUCCUUAGCGAGGAGCCCAAGAGUGCACAACGGAUGUUCACCAUCGACCCAGUGAAGGGCAUCAUCAGUGUCAUCGACACAGGGCUGGACAGGGAGACCACUCCCAACUACACGCUGAUCAUCCAGGCUGCGGACCAGGAGGGCACUGGCCUGACCAACACCGCCACUGCCAUUGUGGAAGUCACUGACGCUAAUGACAACCCUCCCAUCUUCGACCCCACCAUGUACGAGGGGACGGUGAAUGAGAACGAGGUGGGGGUGGUGGUGACCCAGCUGCAGGUGACGGACAAGGACUUGCAGGGCUCCCCUGCCUGGCAAGCUGUCUACCGCAUCAAAUCUGGGGACCCAAAUGGUGACUUCACCAUCAUCACUGACCCCCAAAACAACAAUGGCAUCCUGAAAACUGCCAAGGGCCUGGAUUACGAGACCAAGAGCCAGUACAACCUUGUGGUGACAGUAGAGAACGCCAUCCCCUUCACUAUGUCCCCACCGCUCUCCACGGCCAGCGUCCUGGUGACAGUUGGAGAUGUGAAUGAACCUCCCGUCUUCAUGCCCCCAGUCAAGAAGGUAGAGGUGAUGGAAGACCUGCCACAGGGGCACCAGGUCACCUCCUACACAGCCCAGGACCCGGACAGGGAUCAGAGGCAGAGAAUCACGUACCGCAUGGGCAGUGACCCCGCAGGGUGGCUGGCCAUCGAUCCCGAGAAUGGCAUCGUCACAGCCACCCAGCCACUGGACCGGGAGUCAGUGCACGCCAUCAACAGCACCUACAAGGCCAUCGUCCUGGCUGUGGACAAUGGGUCACCGGAUGCCACCGGCACGGGGACGCUGCUCCUCCUCCUCCAGGACGUGAAUGACAACGGGCCCAUGCCAGAGCCCCGGAUCUUCGACAUCUGCAGCCGGCAGCCUGAGGAGCAGACACUGAACAUCGUUGACAAGGACCUGCCCCCCAACACCUACCCUUUCCUGGCAGCGCUGGAACACGGCUCUGGCGCCAACUGGACCGUCAGGGUGACCGGACAAGACCUGCUGGUGCUGAAACUGACGAAGGAGCUGGAGCCAGGGGAGUACAGCAUCUUCCUGAAGCUGACAGAUGGCCAGGGCAAGGCGCAGGUGACGCCAGUCAAAGCUCAGGUGUGCGACUGCGAAGGGCCAGCCAAAAACUGCGAGCGGCGAGCGUACGUCGCCGGUGGCCUGGGUGUCCCUGCCAUCCUGGGCAUCCUGGGAGGCAUCCUGGCGCUGCUGAUCCUGCUGCUGCUGCUGCUGCUCUUCGCCAGGCGGAGGACGGUAGUGAAGGAGCCGCUGCUCCCACCCGAGGAUGACAUGCGGGACAAUGUCUACCACUACGACGAGGAGGGUGGUGGUGAGGAGGACCAGGACUAUGACCUGAGCCAGCUGCACCGGGGCUUGGACGCUCGCCCGGAGGUGAUCCGCAAUGAUGUGGCCCCCCCACUGAUGGCUGCCCCCCAGUACCGGCCCCGGCCCGCCAACCCCGACGAGAUUGGAAACUUCAUCGAUGAGAACCUGAAGGCGGCUGACACGGACCCCACGGCCCCCCCUUACGACUCCCUGCUGGUGUUCGACUACGAGGGCAGCGGCUCGGAGGCCACCUCGCUCAGCUCCCUCAACUCCUCUGCCUCCGACGGUGACCAGGACUACGACUACCUCAAUGAGUGGGGCAGCCGCUUCAAGAAGCUGGCGGACCUCUAUGGUGGUGGGGAGGAGGAGGAUUAGGACACCCCUCGGCCCCAACCCGGCCGGCAGCCGCCCGGCGCAGGCAGCUCACCUCAUUUCACCCCACUGCACUCGCGUCGGUCUCUGCCUGUUGAGUGGACAAACAGCACCCCUCCAACACCCCCUCAACCCGGUGUCCACGUCCCCCUCGGUCAGUGCAGGGGAAGCAUAGGGUCAUAUGGGCUUGGGGGUGUUUUUUGGGGGAGCCUUUGUGUUUCCCUCGGCUGGCCCCCGAAUGGACACCCCUGUUUGGUACGUUCCCCAUCUUGCAGCUGAGGCUGCAGGGGUCAGGAUCAGCUCCCCUUCCCCCGUGGGGAGAGCCUACCACCACCUCCCUGCCUUUGCUGUGAGGGGGAAAAAUGGUUUCUCUGGCACUCUCCGAAAUACCUCCUGACCUGGCACCGGAGCAGCGGGGCAGUCCCAGCACCGCACCUCUGCUCGCGCAGGCAAGUUGAUCGAUAAACACGGACCAAAGAUGUACUAUAUGUAAGGUAAUUGUAUUUGAUAGAGUACUUACAGGCAGAUUUCUAUUUUUCUGUAUCCCAGAUAAUUAUGAUUUCCUUCUGUGUUGUGCCGGGUGUUAAUUAUUGUGCAGUCAAUGAAAGGCGCUUUUGGAAAUCAAAUGGCUUUAUUGAAAUUCUGAACUUUGUGUUUAGCUGUUGUCACGGUUUGUAUUUUUUUUAUUAUGGGAAGAGGGUCUGAGGCGGACUGGGAAGCCGACAGUGGCUGACUAGUAAUUGAUUGUAUGGGUUUUUUUAUAUGAAAUUAAAAUAAUAAAUUGUUUUAAGAAAAUCAAAA